GCGGUAAUGAAGGCUUUUGAAUUAUGAGUCAAUCGCAAUUAAUCCCUAUUUAAGAAACGAGUGCUAUACAUUAAACUAAACAAAAAUUAAACUAAACAAAAAUAAUGGCAAAGAAUGAAAGAAACGUCGGUCUUACACCGGCAAGACCAAGUACCGUUGAGAUUACGAAGUCGUCGAAGUUUGAAGACGCGGAGCAAGUGCAAUUAAUUAAAGCUAAAUAAACAACUAAUUAUUAAUAUGAUUGUCUUAUCCCGCUAAUCUCGCGAGCAGCCGUUUACUUAUUUUCCUCACACGCGCCACCCCUUCCGCCGUGACCGGCGGAGCAUUCUUCCCCUUCUUAUGUGUCCGAACAACCAGCCGCAGUAACAUUACUCCAUACCAUGUCUCCUCUUCUAUUCCUUACUUUCUUCUCACUCUUUUCUUAUUCUUCGUCUCUCUCGUACCCUUUCAGCCAGCUCUUUCCUCCUUCUACAAAUUAUAGUAUACAUAUAGAUUGUGGCGGUCACGCGAAUUCCGUCGACGCCUUCAACACGACGUGGGUCGCCGACCGCUACUACACCGGCGGCGCCUCCUCCAUUGUGUCGGAGCCGCUUAUAUUCCGGCACCAGCAGGAGAAGACCGUAAGAUACUUUCCAAUCUCCUCCGGGAAGAAGAAUUGCUACGUCAUCCCUGACAUCUCCAACGGGAAGUACCUCCUCCGCACCUUUACUGUGUACGACAACUUCGACGGCAAGUCACAGCCUCCGUCUUUCGAUGUUUCGGUUGAGGGUACAUUGGUCUUUUCCUGGCGUUCCCCGUGGGACGAGUCCAUUGCCCGGGCCGGAGCCUACUCGGAUCUGUUCUUCCCUGUUUCGGAUUCGGAGGCUGAUAUCUGUUUUUACAGUAUUGCCACUGAUUCGCCGGUCAUUGCAUCGCUUGAGCUGAUUCAAGUCGAUCCAGCUUCGUAUUUAGUCAACGAUACGGCAAUUCAGUCAUUGUUGAACACGUCUAUAUUGGUGAACUAUGGUAGGUUCUCGAGCGGGUCUGAAAAAUGGGGACACGGAUUCAGCGAUGAUACUGAUAGGUUCGGCCGGUCCUGGACUUCGGAUGCGGAUUUCCGGUCUCCUGCUACAGUGGGCACAAGUAUUAAGGCGAUUUCUGCGGUUAAAGCUAUUGCAAAUGCAGACAAACCUCCGAAUUAUUUCCCUUUGAAACUUUACCAAACAGCGGUAACAGUGGUGGGGGAAAGCAACAUGUCCUUGGAGUACACUUUACAAGUAGAUGCAAAGCUGGAUUACUUGAUAUGCCUCCACUUUGCAGAGCUUGACCUAAGUAUAUACCGGAAAGGGCAGAGGGUGUUUGAUGUGGAGGUCAAUGGAGAGAAUGUGACCAGAAUGGAUAUCUAUGACAGGGCUGGUGAUUUUGCAGCCUACGAUUGGUUCCAUGUUGUCAAGAAUUUGACUAAUAGUACUCUGAGUGUGAAGCUUGUCUCUGUGGUGGGUGCGCCCAUCAUUUGUGGACUAGAAAAUUAUGCUAUUGUGCCAUCUGAUCCUAAAACUGUUGCAGAUCAAGUUAUUGCCAUGAAAGCCUUGAAGGAGUCCCUCCGUAUUCCUGACAGAAUGGGUUGGAAUGGUGACCCCUGUGCCCCUACUACAUGGGAUGCUUGGGAGGGUGUCACUUGUCAUCAGACUAAAAAUGAAUCUACACUUGUGAUAUCCCAAAUAGAUCUUGGAAGUCAAGGCUUGAAGGGUUAUAUCAGUGAAAAAAUUAGUCUUCUGACUAAUUUGGUAAGCCUGAAUUUAAGUUCUAAUUCAUUGGAGGGUACUCUGCCCUGGGGUAUUGGCCAAAAAUCUCUUGUGAAGCUGGAUUUGUCAAAUAACAAGCUCUCAGGAGACAUACCCGAUAGUCUUGUUUCUUCUAGUUUGCAACUAAUGUUAUUAAAUGGUAACUUACUAGAUGGAGCAGUCCCACCAGAACUUUACUCAAUUGGAGUCCACGGUGGAGCUAUUGACCUUUCUGAUAAUAAAGGGCUAUGUGGUGUGCCUUCUUUGCCGGAUUGCUCUAUUUUUUGGGAUAAACAUGGUCUAUCUGCGGCUGGUAUAAUUGGCAUCUCCAUUGCAUCUCUAGUUGUCUUUUUGCUUCUGCUGUGUUUGGCUUAUUGGUGCUACAAGCGGAGGCAGAAUGACUAUGACUUUGGUCUACCACAUGAGCUAUUGUCACUAUCUGCGAAGAGGAACCGAUACCAGCGGCAAAAAUCGUUGAUGGCUCUAGAGAUGGAAAGCCAGCACGCGAAAGGAUUCAUGCCGACGUACAACCAUACAAUCUGAAGAUAACACAUACAUUACUUUCUAAAAGGAGCCUUGAAAAAGUUCUUAUUUUUGACAGAAUUAAUGUGGAGGUGCAGGGAUAUAAUAGAGAUGCGUGGAGAAGUAGCUGGGGGGUUUAAAACAUUAAUGAUUUGAGAGGGGCUUGGAUUUGCACUAUCUCCAGCAAUUUUGUACUGAAAAAAUGGGGUCGGAGAGAAGAUUAAAAUGUAUGCGUGUGGUUUAAUGCAAUGUAUGUAAUGUAUGUUAGUCUGUAUCGGAUUCUAAAUAACCUAACCCCUUCCCCAUUCAUGAAUGUGGAAAAGGCAAAUGAUGUAUCAUUGUAUCUAAACAACUACUUACCAAACAAAUAUAAUCCUUGGUUGUCAUUGUAUGCAGCAGGUAUAGAUCAGAUUGAUGCUCUAAUUUAAGAUUCUUUGUUUUGUUUCCUUAG